AUGGCAGUGGAAAAUUUCCAGGUUCCCUUUACAAAGUUGAACUCUGCAAAUUACGUGCAGUGGUCUAAGAGGGCUCAAGUCUGGUUGGAAGCCAAAGAAGUGUGGGCUGACUAUGUCCAGAGGCGAAAGCCGUUUGUGGCUGUUGCAGCAGAUGCCACAGCAGAGCAACAGGCUGCUGCACAUGCUCAGAAUAGGGAACAUGAUAAAAUGGACACUAAAGCUAGAUGCAUGUUGAUGGUAUCGAUAGACGAUUCCCAAUUACCUCAUGUGGAAAAUUUAAGGUCUGCAUUUGAAAUUUGGGAAGCUCUUAGGCGAAUUCACCAUAGAGCCACGCCCGGAGAGAAGGUGAACAUUAUACGUGCUUUGUAUGAGUUGAAACUGAAGCCAGGGGAUAGUGUGGUUGAACACACGUCACAGAUGACUGAGUAUUUCAACCGACUGUCAUCUUUAGGUGUGAAUUUUCCUGAAAAUAUUAAAGUUUAUACUCUGCUUAGCAGCCUGCAUGCAGGGUUUGAAAACUUAGUACUAACUUUACAGGUUUUGCCAGAGGACCAGCUGAAUAUGAAUUAUGUGACUGGUAGAUUGUGUGAGCAAGAAUAUCAACAUCAUCGAAAACGUAUUGAUAAUUCAAAUACCCCAAGGGUUGGAUGUUCAGAUAAUUCCCAGCGUGGGGAAACUAGCAGGCAGAGCUGUAAGGAAGCCUCACAAGUGUCUGCUAUGGCCAGCAAGUCAUGUUUUCGAUGUGGCAGCAGGUUUCAUUUGAUAGCAAAGUGUCCAGAAAAGCAACAGGAAUUUCAACAGUCCAGGGCCAGUUUCCGGAGCUACAGGGGAAGACGACGUGAGAACUACAAGAAUCAACGAUCCAGAGGGGAGCAGGUGCUGAUAAGGGACUAUCUGCAAUGGCAGCACAAAAGAGUCCUAAAAGGAGCCAACAAACCUUGA